AUGUAUUAUUUUUUUCUAUUUGAAUUUCAUACAAUAAAGUUUAAACAUACUUCAAUUAAUCUGAAUUAAGAAAUUUUAUUUUCCCUCAAGUAAUUAUUGAUUCAAAAAUUAUUUAGAAAGUUCAAAUAUAUCUACUAAUUUCACAACACCUGUCUUUAGAAAAUUUCUCAAAAAUUUCAAAUUACACAGGGGAAAUAACAAAAGUAAAUGAGCAUUUAAUUAGGACAGUAUAUAAAACAAGAAAUGAAAAAGAAGUAUAAAUAUUAAUUUAUUGACAAUUGAGCUGUUUUAAAAAGGUUUGUCCAAUUGAGAUGUUAUAGAUACCAGUGACAAGUGUUUUACCAUUACUAGAAUAAGAAAUUGAUGUAACAAUUCCAAUUUAACCAUCUAGGUUUUACAAUAAACUUCAGCUCUAAAGAAUUAGGUGUUGAAUUAGAUGACUUAAAUUGGAUUAGUAUGA